GGAAAACUGACUGAAUUCAGAGGGUGAAAUCCGCACCCAUUCGUCGCUCCGCUCCAGGGAAAUCAACUCGAUUCGCCUUCUGAAACCAGCUCAAGUCACCAGCAGCUCAGGUGAAAUUCCCCACGGUCGCCUGUCUCACAACCGAAUUCGUCCCGUGGAAUCGGCUGAAUUUGCCCAGGGAAACCAGCUAAAUUCACCGCUUCGAUCCGGGGAAAUCGGCUCCAUCUGCCUGCCGGCGUCACCGAAAUCCCGGGAAUUUGCCCAGCGCCAGCUGCUAACUUCGCCCGGCGGGAAACUAACCCUGGAGAUCCCUGCCCCGAGCCCAGCCAAACCCGCAGCCAUGAGCACCGAAAGUCUGGUCUGCGACAUCGAGAAGGGGGGCGUUAUCGUGGUGCGGGAGUCGCGGCCCGCCGACGGCCGCUGGAAAUGCCUCAGCAUCUGUUCCUUCCUGCUGCUGGUGGGAGCCACGGCCGUCUUCGCUCUGCUGCAUUUCAGAAACGGGGGGCCCUUGAUCAGCCAGGAUCCCAAAGAACCCAGGAGUUCGGGCCACACACAACUUACAGGUCCUAUGACGAUGAAGUUGCAGGCCCAGUCGCUGAAAAAGCCAGCAGCCCAUGUCGUAGCAUCCAGUGACUCCAAAGAGCUGAUCUGGACUGACAAAGUUGCACACACCAUGAUGCAGAACGGGAUGGCGCUGGUAAACAACAAGUUGGUGGUCCCGUCCGACGGCCUCUACUUCAUCUACUCCCAGGUGGUCUUCAAGGGAGACAAAUGUCCGGAGGAGUCCAUUCCUCUCCGGCAUACCAUCUUGCGCUACUCCGUUGAGUACCCAGAAAAUGUUCCCUUGCUGAUGGCCAUCAAGUCGUUCUGCGAGGGGUCCAAGGCAGCCAAGAAUGAGGAGGGGGUGUGGUUCGAGUCCAUCUACCAAGGAGCUGUCUUCCAGUUGAUGAAAGGUGAUGAAAUCUCCUCUGAAAUCGACUCGGCCCAAUAUUUAGACCUGGACAGCAAUGGGCAGGUGUAUUUUGGGGUGAUUGCAUUGGAAUUAGGCGCUCCCCAAUAAUGAUCCACCAUCUUCCGUCCUUGGCCAACGCAUCCUCCAUCCUUGGUCAACCCACCAUCUUCCAUCCUUGGUCAACCCUUCAACCCUCCUACCCAACUGGCCUCCAAAGCCAAGACUACCACCCCGCAUCCCACCACAUCAAACUGACUAUCAGAGAUGAUCGGAAGACCUCUAUGGACAUCCUUUAUGCCUCUCUGCCAAUAUGCCGCAUGUAGCCACAGACGUGCCCACCUCUAGGGACCAGAGCGGACGACAAUCUCUCUAGACUUGGCCUGUCUGUGGCAGUCAGGAUGGGGCUUUGGGUUUCAUCUUGGUAGGACCAAACAAGAACCUGCCAAGAGAAUAAUGUACCGGGUUAGAGAUGCUGACUUACAAAAAUGUUGUGUUAACUAAUAUUGUAUUAUUUUUAUGGUUAUUAUUGUUAAUUAUUGUGGCUAAUAAUUUAUUUAUUUAUGUAUUUAUAUUUAUUGGGGUUAACAAACCUGUGCUGGUGCACGGAGAGAUUUUUGUGUGUGUUGUACACACCUACGACAAGUAUAGGGCAUUGUGUGUGUGUGUGUGUGUGUCCAUCCACAAAUUCUAAGAUUCUAUAUACACAUCAGAAAGGGGUAGUGGGUGUGUCUACACAUAGACCCACAAAACUGUAGGCAAUGUUGGUGUGUUUGUAUCACAAGCCGCAGAUAAUAGACAAUUUUGUGUAUACACACACACACACACACACAGAUGUUGCCUGUGGAUGUUUGACACAAACCCACACCGAUUUUUAGCAAUUCUGGGAGUUUGUAUGUUUACAAAACACCCAGAUUUUCGGAGAAUGUGUGUGUGUGUGUGUGUUUGUGUGUACAGAGUGUCACAAAGUCUUCUUUCCAACAAGACAGCCAUCCUCCAAAUCAAGCUGGCGGAGGGUGUGACAUUGUGUCACUCUUCGAGCUAGGCAGCAACACAACCUCACACCAACCUGCCAUGUUGCUGCGAGUGCUUUGUGGUGGCUAGACUAUGCACUGGCCUUUAUGUAUACGGUGUAUACAUGACCCUAGCUGGCUCUAUGGAUGUAUAUUACACACUGCCAGGACUCCUGGGUUCUCUCCCGGCUUUGGGAGGGGAGUGGGGUCCAGUGGUUAGAGCAGGGGGGUGGGAGCUAGGACUCCUGGGUUACUCAAGGGAAUGAUGUUCUCAUUGUGAGGGGAAGAGAUAUUUGUAUCUGCGAUACAGUUUUCUCUCAAGCCCCUGAGCUCACGUCUCUUUGGGGAUUUCAAACGUUUUAUGUUAAAAUGUCACAUGCUCGGGGUGGGGCUCACGUGUCUAACUCGUCGAAUCUCUUGCCCCUCCUGGUUUGAUCUUGUGUAUUGUGGUUUAUUUUAUUUAUUGUGGUUAUUUAUUGUGUGUUUAUUCCCCCUGUGCGGGGAGGGAAGGGGGGAGAAAAAAAAAGCUGUUUGU